UGAGACACGCCCCCUGUGCAUCCGUCUAAUUCGUCCUCUUCCCCUUUCCGGCUCUUUUCCUUUGACCCGACGCGAGCACGGGCACGGCACCACCGAACCCAGUCGACGCCCCUCCCCUGCUUCCUCCCAGUCCGCCGGCCUCAAGAUCACCGAACCAUCUCCCUUCCCUCGGGGAUGGAUUGGCAGGGGCAGAAGCGCGCGGAGAUGCUGAUGCAGGUGCUGCUGGUGGCGGCGGCCGUGGCGGCGUUCCUCGUGGGCUACCUGCGCGGGGACUUCCAGCUCAUGCUGCUCGUCUACGCCGGCGGCGUCGUGCUCACGGCGCUCGUCACCGUCCCCAACUGGCCCUUCUUCAACCGCAACCCGCUCAAGUGGCUCGACGCCGACGAGGCCGAGCGCCACCCGCGCCCGCAGGUGAGUGCUGCUGGCGCGGCGGCAGGGGGUAAGAAGAAGUCCGGGAAGAACAAGUAAUUGGUCUCUCAGAGCGAUAUGUGUUGUUGGUCCAUAUGACUCAACUUGUUUUGGUACUAUUUGUCAGAACUAUGACAUAAUGGAAUAUUAGACAAUUGUGGUAUAACAGAUCAGUUGAAAGUUAGCUUGCAAUUUUCCUUGCUUGGUUA